CUUAGCCAGUUUCAAACGAGUCUCCCGACGAGCGCCGCGCGUACGGAGCGCAGUCGUUAAUUCACGUAUCUUUUCCCCUUCCUCGGUUAUAUAUAUAUUUUUUAAUUCCUUGCGGCCCGUACGUACAAAACGCUCGUAUCAAGUGCAAAUACACAGUGAGUUUUUGCGCGUGGGUGUCAUCGAAGAUUCUUGUAUCGAGACCUUGCAGUACAGUUGCAGCAGAGGAUCGCGAGGAUGAAGGGGCAAGCAGCAGCAUGGCUGCUGGUCCUGUUGGCGGUGAGCCGAUCGCUCGGCGUGCCGACGAUGAGCACGACAGCGACGCCCGACCCGCAAACCAAGAUCACCGACGCUACCACCAGGAGCAGCACGCGCGACGUCUACACCACCAAAUCCGAGUUGUCGUCGAUCUGGAGCGUCGACUCCAAGGACAUUCUCGUGGAGAACAUGCACCCCGAGGACGAGGACUCGAAUAACGAAAAACUCCAAGAGGAACUAGCGAAAGUAAUAAAGGCUCAAGCGAAGAAAACAACUCGACCGAUGCCACUGCGACUUUCCUUACACAAAUCGUCAAACAUCCUCGCACCGGCAUUCAGCAGUUACAACACCACUGACGCCAAAGCCUUGACGGAAUUACUUAAAGCUGAAGUUUACAAUGAGGACGUCGAUGGUGGUGAUGCUGAUGACGACGAUGAUGAGUACGAUGAUGAUGAGGAAGACGAUGACGACGACGAUGACGAUGACGACGAUGACGACGACGAUGACGACGAUGUCAUCAACGACGAUGAAGAAGUCGUCUCUGGUUGUCCCGAUUAUUGUCGCUGUGUUGGACAGUACGCUGCUGCUACUACUGCUAGGUGCACCAAGCUGCUCGAAGACCAAGGAUUCGGCUCAGGUAUCGCGCAUCUGAAGAUCGAGAAUGCCGGUGACAUUCGUCUUGGUCCACAUGCUUUGCGUAAACUUGGUCUUCGACAACUGGAAUCUAUCAGCAUCGUCGACACCAAGAUCGUCGAACUCGAUCGCACAGCUUUUGACGGUCUUCGCGAACUUUUUGUCGUCAAUCUCACCCACAAUGGGCUUACAUUCAUUCACCCUGAUACAUUCCAAAACAAUUCACAAUUGAGUCUGUUAACCGUCGCUGGUAACCCAUUGAAGUUGACAUUUAAUAGGAAAAAUAGUGGAGAUUACUUGCUGGACGCUCCCAGUGUCACUGAGCUCGAUUUCUCGAGCAACCAGUUGACGCGCCUACCAAAACGCGCCUUCACCAAGAUGACAAAUCUCGCCUACAUCAGCCUGCGCAACAAUCGUCUGAAUAACAUUGAAAGGGACAUCUUCAGUCCCUUGGACUCCCUUGUCGAGCUCGACCUCUCGCGUAAUCUUUUGUCCGAUCUACCAGUCGAUUUGUUCAAGGGUAAGAAUCUACAGUCGCUGCGCAUCUCCGGUAACAGCCUCACCACACUCAGUAACAUCAGAGCGUUGAAAUUGACAACCUUGGAUGCAUCGAUGAAUCGUCUGAAAAACAUCGCUAAGGACGAUCUCAAUGGUGUGCCUGAUCUCGAGCAACUCUACUUGCACUCCAAUACCUUAAAACGCAUUCAUCCUCAUGCAUUCUCAGAUCUCGAUCAAAUGACUUAUCUUGAUCUCAGUAAUAACAAUUUGGUUACUCUUGGCGAUCAUCAUUUCCGAGCCAACUCUAGGCUUCAAGUUCUUUUGCUCAGCCAGAAUCCCAACCUUGAGACCUUGCCUGUAUUUAGGACGAAUGCUCAAGAAUUUGAAAGAUUCAGUAUCUAUCGCUUCGAAUGCGAAGACUGUGGCUUGAACAUGAUCGAAUCAGGCACCUUUGAUGCUAUGCCAGCAAUGACAAGACUCAAUCUUGCUGCAAAUAAAUUGUCGCAAUUGCCAAAGGAUUUAAUGCGUUCGUUAUCAUCUCUGCGCGAACUCGACCUAUCCCGUAAUAAAUUCGACAGACUCGAUGAUGACAUGUUCAAAGGGGCUACGUCACUUGCUAAAUUGAACCUAGCUGUCAACUCAUUCGUCACGGGCUUGAGAGUUACACCUUUCCUCAAGACACCCAACCUCAUGCGUCUUGAUAUCAGCAGCUGCAACAUGCAACGUAUCUGGAGCGAAGCUAGACUGCCUUUCAAGAGCUUAAAGUACUUAUCACUACACAAAAACCGGUUGACCCGUGUAACAGUUGAAGAGCUCCGCGCAAUGCCACAUCUCUCGGGUCUAGAUCUCUCGCGCAAUCCACUUCGUUGCGACGAAGAUUUGAGCGCAGCAAUCCAAUGGUUGACUGACAAUAGCGUGACACCAAUGCGUCCCCCUAGCCGCGAUGAUUUCGACUUGCCAUUAGACGGUGAACCAGUUAGUCAAUGGAGUGAUCUUGGCAAGAAGUUGUGCGACUCAUGGGAAGGUGGUCCACCACCAAGACCAGUGCCCAAGAAAGUACCGAAGAAAAAGUUGUCAGCUGGAGAAAUUGCUGCUGCUAUUGGACGAGAAUCGAACGAGGGUGAAUUGCCUGGAUUACCUGGUCCUUUCAUCAAGUUUGAUUUCAGUGAUGAUGUGAGUGUCAACGAACAUAAGCUUGACUACGGUCAAGAGCACAGCAGCAAUAAAGACGAAAUCGAGUCAGCCUGGAACACUCAAGAUCAGGAAUACGAAGAAGAAUCCAAUAUAGGAAAUCUGCAUUACCGCGAGCGGUACACCGAUGCUUUAUGGCCAGUCAUAACUGUCAUUCUAGUAACUUUGGCAGUCCUCCUCCUCGCCGCUCACUUUGCCAUUUGCUUAGCCAGACGACGUGGUCGUGGUCCUGUCAUUCGCACUCCAAUGAUCCUGCGACCUGGUCUCAUUGACAAUAAGAACUGUGGACUCGUAUACAAGCCACUGCAAGAAGAACUUGCCACUCCACAUAUGCCUAAACGCAGCAGCUUUUAUUCCAGCAGCACCUUUCACUACGACAAAAUUGUGCCCGAGAGCGUUUAAUUUCCAUUGAUUGUUUCGAGCUUUUAUCAAUUGAUCGAGUGAUAUCAAAUGCCAAGGGAGUUUGAAAUUUUGUGGAAAAAAGAAUUAUGAUAAAGGCAUUUGGUUGAAUCACUAAUGUAGUAAUUCGCUCAAAUUGUUUUUUUAGUAAAUUAUACGUAUGAUUCAUUCCAGUGUCGCUCGGUGCAAUGUUUCCGCCGCGGGUCAGGGGUAAUAUUUUCAUUCUCUUGUACAAUCUUGAAGAGGUAAAUGAGCUUACUUUGAUAAAAUAGAUUUUCGUGUUUAGAUCGUUGGCAGCGAUAAACUAUUAUUUCGAAAAAUUAUUGAUUAAUGUCGAUGGUGGGUAAUGUUUGAACAGAAAAUGUAUUUUGCAAAGUAUCUUUUAUUGUUAAUGAUAUUCUUACGGAAAAUGAUUAUUUUGCGCUAUUGAAUUUUUAGUAAUUGUUAUUAAUUGUUUGAAAUUUGAACGCCGUAGUUUAAUACAUAGUAUUAAAUAUAGUGGAAAGAGCUAUUUUUUAAAAACACGAAUCGUCAAAUUCAAGUAGAAAUAAUUAUUUUCCGUGAGGUUUUUUAGCAUCUCCGAAUUCUAGAAUAAAAUUGUGCAUUCCUUUUAAAGAUUUUUUUACAAAUGAAUUAAUAAUAGCAAAUGAUUAACGAACAAAUUAUUUUUUAAUCGUUGCAAAGUUCAGUAUAUUUUUAUCUUAUUUAUCGUCGGUUCUCUUGCAAUUCUUUCGUCGAAGAUGAGAGAACAGCGCGUAAAUAUUUUUUUGCUUUACUGCAGUUAUCACUGAUCGCCAUGUUUGCAGAAUACCUUUGUAUUUUAGUUAACUUAAUACAUUCUAUCAGAUAAGAUAAAUACAUAGAAAACGUAAUAAUUUUCCAAGUAUUUGUAUAAUAUUUUUCAAUUUUUCGUGGAAAUAUAGUCCUGGGCAGAUUGUUGAUAUGAAAGAUGUGUUGAAGAAACGAGAUAUUUUUAUUCAGAGUUCACAACUUCUUUUAUAAUAUAAACCUGUAGUUAAGCGUAUAUAUUAAAAGUACAUUUUUUCUUUAACUUUAAAGAAGCGGUUAUAGUGGGAAACGUAUCGUUUGGUAUUGUUUCGAAUAUUUAAGAAAAGCUGUGUCCAUAAAUAAUAAUGUGAUUGCCUGGAUUACCUGGUCAUUCAUUCAUUAUGAAUCGAAAGGAUGAACUUAAAGACCUCGAUGAUUAUUUUGAAGAUUUCAACCAACCUAAGUUGAUUAACUUUUACGUGUAUACAAGAGGGAGAAAAAAUAUUGUAGCGUUAG